CACUAAAUGCGCUUUAUUCCGUUCAAAUCGAAUAGUUUAGUGUUAUGUUACAGAGAAAGAGGAGCUAUAUGUUUCCAAGAGAGAGAGAGAGAGAAUACACAAACACUCACACACACAUUCUACUUCACUUCAUUUCGAUUCAAACCUUUCUUUCUUUCUUUCUUUGCUUCUUCUACUUCAUAUUCCAAACAUUCAUUCUUUCAAUACUUAUAAGGGUGACUUGCCUUACCACUGUGUCUGCAAAAUCACACAACAACAUUUCAGAGUACCUUCAAUUGGAAACUCUAACAUUAAAUAAUAACUCAUACUUCAGGACCUGUAUGAAGUAGAAGAUUAACAAUGAGAGAUGAGAAUACCAACAAAACCAAGGUCUCAUGGUCAAAGAGAAUGGUCAGAAAAUUCUUCAACAUCAAAGCCAAAACUGAGGUCUCUUAUCAAAUUCAAAGGGAUGCUGUUGCUUCUGGAGGAGGUGGCUUAGAAUACAGAAGCAGGAGUAGUUUGUCUGAGAGAGAGCCAUGCACAAUCAAAAAGAGCAAAACAGAGAAAUUUAGCAGGAACUCGAGUCAGGUCCGGCGAGGGAGAAUGAACCUUGACCAUCCUAGAGUUUUAGAUGUCCACAACUAUAGCAUUUUUACUGCUACAUGGAAUGUGGCUGGAAGAUCUCCACCAACUAAUUUGAGCAUCGAUGAUUGGCUUCAUGCCUCGCCGCCUGCAGAUAUUUAUGUUCUCGGAUUUCAAGAGAUAGUUCCAUUGAAUGCUGGUAAUAUCUUAGGGGCAGAAGACAACGGUCCUGCGAAAAAAUGGCUGGCUCUCAUUGGAAAGACUUUAAACAAUCUUCCUGGUACUAGUGGAGGCAACGGAUACUACACACCUUCUCCUAUUCCUCAGCCGAUGGUAGAAUUGAAUGCAGAUUUUGAAGGAUCGGCUAGGCAGAAGAAUUCAUCAUUCUUCCAUCGGCGAUCCUUCCAAACAACUUCUAGCAGUUGGGGAAUGGACAAUGAUCCUUCGACUGUGCAACCGCGACUAGACCGAAGAUUCAGUGUUUGUGAUCGUGUGAUUUUCGGUAACAGGAAAAGUGACUUCGAUCCGAGUUUUAGAUGGGGUUAUAGGCCUAGUGACUAUUCAAGGGCAAGUGACUACUCUAGACCAAGUGACUAUUCAAGAUGGGGUUCAUCUGAUGAUGACAACGGCCUCGGAGAUUCUCCAAGUCCAGUCUUGUUUUCACCGAUGUCUUAUGGUGGGCCUGGUACCUCGGGAGAAGAUGGAUAUGGCAUGCCGGGACGCUCAAGGUACUGCCUUGUUGCAAGUAAGCAAAUGGUGGGAAUCUUUCUUACCAUUUGGGUGAGAGGUGAAUUGAAGGAUCAUGUUAAAAACAUGAAAGUUUCAUGUGUUGGUAGAGGAUUGAUGGGUUAUCUUGGAAAUAAGGGUUCCAUCUCAAUUAGCAUGUCGCUGCAUGAAACGAGCUUCUGCUUCAUUUGUAGCCACUUAACCUCAGGACAGAAAGAGGGUGAUGAACUAAGAAGAAAUUCCGAUGUAAUGGAGAUUCUUAAAAAGACAAGGUUUCCGCGUGUUCAUGGUUCUGACAAUGAGAAGUCUCCAGAGACAAUCCUUGAGCAUGAUCGAAUUAUAUGGCUCGGAGAUUUAAAUUAUCGAAUAGCCCUCUCCUACCGUUCUGCCAAGGCACUUGUUGAGAUGCAAAACUGGAGAGCAUUGUUAGAGAAUGACCAGUUGAGAAUAGAGCAAAAGAGAGGUCGUGCGUUUGUGGGAUGGAAUGAAGGGAAGAUCUAUUUCCCUCCAACAUAUAAGUAUUCAACCAAUUCAGAUAGGUAUUCUGGAGACGACAAGCACUCGAAGGAGAAGAGGCGAACACCUGCUUGGUGUGACCGUAUUUUAUGGUAUGGAGAAGGCCUACAUCAAUUAUCUUACGUCCGCGGGGAAUCAAGGUUUUCGGAUCAUAGACCGGUUUAUGGCAUAUUUUGGGCUGAGGUUAUGUCAAAUCAUGGAAAAUUGAAGAAAAGUAUGAGCUGUUCUCGGUCGAGAAUCCAGGUGGAGGAACUUUUGCCAUAUUCCCAUGGAUACACUGAGCUGAACUUUUUCUGAAGGAAGAAGGACUAGAUGUGAGAUUUGUGCAGCCCUGUUCAACACCUGGUCAACAAACAGGAGUCCCUUUGAAGAUAUUUAUAUUUAUUUAUUAGUCCUUGAAGAUUGAUGAUAGAGACAAAGCAUUUCCCAAAUACCAAGAAAGGUCCUAAUAUGUAAUUUUGUUUAACACUACUCAUGUCUCAUGCCUUACCCAACACAUGAUCACAAGAUUCCAUCAACAUCAUCAUCAUCUUGUUAUGUUCACUACACUCACUACUUGUGCAUAAUUUGAUAUGAUACCCAAUUAACAAACACUCAAAAAGCAAUGUCUCAAUGCUCCGUACUACAUCUUGCACAAUCAUUAUUAGGAGUGAGGAUGAAGAAGAAGACAUUUUUUUAUCCAUGAUUCUUUAAUUAUUUUUGGAGAAUAUUCAUGAUGACCGAAUGAAAGUGAAACAUUGUCAAAAUCAUCAUUUGGUGGUGUACUAAUUUUUGUUUGUUUCUAAUUUUGAAAAAAAUGAUAAAUUUGAUGUAUACUAUGAUGAAAAAGAAAAUGUACAAAAGAAAAAGAAAGGAAUUUAUAGUUAAUUAAUGAUAGAAUUCCAGAGAUUGCAGUGAUUUUACUGUUAAA